UAAUUUUGAUCGGGGUGUAUUUAAUGUGAGUGUGAGAAAGCGGAAGGUUUGUGUUUCCAGCCGGACAUGGGCGGUGUGCGCUCCUUCUGUUUCCGUGUCUAGGAGGAGAACAGCAGUGUGAUUUCUGAGGAGACUCUUAUCCGUCAAAAUGCAGGACCCAAAUGAAGACACCGAGUGGAACGAUAUCUUGAGGAAGAAAGGUAUUCUUCCUCCCAAGGAGAUACCUAAAGAUGAUGAAGAGGAGGAAUUGGCCCUCCAACAGCAGUCUGUCGUUAAAGCAUAUGAGAGCAUGACACUGGAAGAGCUGGAUGAGAAUGAAGAUGAGUUCGGUGAGGACGAUGAGGCUGCCAUGGAAAUGUACAGACAGAAGCGUCUUUCUGAGUGGAAGGCAUCUCAGUUGAAGAAUGUGUUCAAGGAGGUGUUUGAAAUCAAUGCACAAGACUACAUCAAGGAGGUGAAUCAGGCCGGAGAAGGCAUCUGGGUGGUGCUGCACCUCUACAAGCAGGGCAUCCCUUUGUGUACGCUCAUCAACCAGCACCUGAGCGUCCUGGCCAGGAAGUUCCAGCAGACCAAGUUCAUCAAGUCAAUCUCCACCACCUGCAUCCCCAACUACCCCGAUCGCAACCUGCCCACCAUCUUUGUCUAUUACGAGGGGGAGAUGAAGGCCCAGUUCAUCGGCCCCCUGGUCUUCGGGGGCAUGAACCUCAAAGUUGACGAGCUGGAGUGGAGGUUAUCAGAAUCCGGGGCGGUGAAGACGGACCUGGAGGAAAACCCGAAGAAGCAAAUUGAAGACAAGCUAAUGUCGUCAAUCAGAUGUUCGCUCCCAACACGAAAGGACAGUGACUCUGAGGAGGAGGACGAUUAGAAAAAACCUGUUACUCCAAAGCAGAACCACCAUGCGGCUGUUAUGUUGGAAACAAUCAGAGGACCUUGAAACAUUUGAUGAUAAUAUAAGCAUCGAUGGCAUCUCCUUUAUAAGCAAGCUCAUUUCAUGUUUUGACCAUGUAGGUGGCGCUGUUGUGCUGGGAUCAAUCCUGCUCAAGGAACUUGGUGGCACAGUAUCAAACCCCAGUCCGUUGUUGAAACUUCCUGUACAUGCUCGCGAAAAAGAAAAAAAACACUUGUAACUUUAAUAACGUCCAGGUGCAUCAAUUGAAUCUACUAAAUAAUCAAAGACAAAUUUUAACUUUUUUUAUUAUGUUUCAUGUUAAUUUUGUCAACAAAUGUACAUGUACAUUUAAAAUCUGUCAAAUUAAAUGUGAGUUCACCACUUUGCCACAAAAUCAGUAUUUUCCCCCAAGUGCUAUUUUUUUGGACUCAGUCAUUAACCUAAAAAGAACUUGCCUAAGACCUUCUUUUAAAUUAUUUCUUUCAAGAUUAAAAUACAUAUUUCUUGUGCAACGUGACAAAGAUUGUGCUUAGAAACAUUUCACGUUGACAUUUGGAAGCAGGAAGACACGUGGCAGCAACUCUGUUAUUUUUUUCCAUCUAUACAAUAAUUUUUUUCUGGUCACAAAAGGCCGUCAGCCACUUCGGAGAUUUGUUGUCCCAUCAGUUUUUUGAAGGUAGCGUCCGGAGAAGUUGCCCGCUGCUGCUCUUCUUCUGUCAGAUCUGAUUUUCCUUUGUUUGUUCUUCAGACUGGUCUUUUACAACAGCCCCUCUGGCAGCACUCAAAUCUUCUGUUUCAUUAGAGACAGAGGAAGAGAAACGUCAGUGUCAGCAGCAAAUCGAACCUGAUCAGUUAUUCAUGCUGUCUCAUCUCAAUCGCUGUUCCACGGCUUCUAGUCAUGCGCUGUUUUCAUGUGUGCAUCCUCUUCCUACAGCAUUUUCACAUGUCCCUGUGCUGAGUCAUAGCCCUGUUUCAUCUCAUUUAAAAGUUCACAUUGUACCUCUUCAAUUUUCUCAAAGUGUACAGCUGACUGUUAAAGAUGUGGAUAUGUAUCUUAAGUUUUCUCACCAAAAGUAGAACCCUUCUCCUCUGGGAAAGCUUUGGCGAAAGUCGCAUCAGAGGGUGAACUGAGUGAGACUGGAGGAGGAAAGAAAAGAGUUACUGUUUGUUUGUAAAAAAAAAAAAAAUGUGUCUCAAAGUUAGGUUAUUUUAUUUCAUAAAAAAAAAGAAUUUAAUUCUGAUUUGUUAGUGUGUUUGGAUUGCAUAGAAAGUAAUGCAUAGAUUUUUAUGGUAGAAGUAAUUAAUAAAAUCUUUUCACGGAUACGGA